ACUCAUCAAACGCGUGUUCGCGUGUGUACACUUUCGGACCACGUUUCUGCAGCGGACGUCGAAAUUCCGGAGAAAAAAGCCAUUGGUCAUCGCCAUGAUUAAGGAACUGUACCAACCGGUGGAACCGCAAUCCCGCCGACUCAGCUACGUGUCGUCGCUGUCCUCGUCAUCACCUGCGCCAUCGGUAGCGUCGUCAUUAUCCGCCGCUCCCGGUGGUGACCGUGACCGACCAGCAACUCGUACACGCCAACCGAAGGCAGUGCUUUUGUCGGCGGAAAAAUGGAACCAGCUGCUGGCGACGGCCAGUGGAACGUCUCCGCCGGUGCUGCGACCGCAAACGGCCGUCGUCACCGAGGAUGGUAAAACGUUGGCCCAACGGGAAGCCGAGUACAAGCAGUACCUCAAGACGGGCUCGCAAGCCAUGACCAAGAAGUGGGAGAACACCGUGCAGAACAUUCGCGAGAAAAAGGAAGCCGAACAGCUGCAGAAGCAGCGCGAGAAGGUGGAGGAAGAUGAGAAACAUUACCGCGAGCUGAAGGCAGCAGAUGAAAUCAAGCGAAAAGAGCUGAUCCAAAAGGCAGAGGAGAUGAUCCAGAAGGAAAAGGAAGGACCCCGCGUCCUGGAGAGCGCUGCCAAAUUCUGUGAAGUCCUGAAAGCCCGUGAAUAUCAACGCCAAUUCCGUGCCGAACAGGAAGCCCUGCAUGAUAGUCGCCGCCAGCAACUGGAUCGUCAGGACAUAGCCCAAGCGAACCGAUGGGUGAAGUCGCAAGCUGAGCGCCAAAUAGACGACAGGAAACGUUUCGAUCACUACAAGAAGGAGCUGAAGGAGAAGAUUGAGUACGAUCGCGAAGAGAUGAAACAGAUGCGAGACUUCAUGGUGCAACAAGAGCAGAAGCAACAUCAGGCACUGACGGAUGAAAUUCGCCGGGACAUGGAACACGAGAAGAAGAUGCAUGAAUGGAAGAAAGAGAUGAGGCGAAAACAUGCCCUGGAGGCGAUGAAGAUGGCACAGGAACGCGAAGAACGGUUGAAGCGUGAAGCAGCUAUUGAAGAGACGGUGAAUCAGAUCUACAAUGAUGGUCAAAGAGCAAUUGCUGAGAAACGCAAGGAGAUUCACGUCAACAAGCACAAGUUCCGAGACAACACUCGUCUGCUUCAGGACUCGGUAGAACGCGAGAAACAGCUGUUGGAAGAAGAGGAACGCAAUCGGGAGAAAGCAGUACAGGACAAGAAUGCCAAAGCUGAUGAGAUUGAACGGGAAGCGAUGGAGAAGAGAAAGCAGAUCAAAGCGGCACGCAUCAAGGCGCAUUUGGAGGAGAUGGAGUGGCAAAAGAAGAAGGAACAGGAGAAAGCAUUUUUGGAGCGGAAAGAGAUGGCGGAUCGGUUGAAGAAUGUGGAUGUAACUUUUGGCUUUGACCGACGUAAGGUCACGGACAAAACGUACAAGACCCAUGCCCAACGCAAGUUGCUGCUAGAUCAGGCCGAUGAAAUAGAAGCUCGAGAGAAACAGGAGGCAGAUACCCGUGCUGAGUUGGAGUACAUGCGGAACAGCGCCGAAAAGGAGAACAACCAUUUCCUGAAGUACGCCGACGAACUGAUUUCGGAUGCUAAGGCGAAGAACCGACCGGUGUUGCCGCUGUUGAAAACGGUUGAAAACUACAAACGCGAGCACUAUUUUGAUUUCAAGGAAAAGAAUUUCGUCCCAAGGCAUUUGGUGUCGCGUGUCCCUAUCAAUAACAAAUUUGCCACCGAACAGCAACAAAUACAGUGCAUUCCGGAUCCGGCCAUCAUCGAGAUGACCCCAUCGAUGCCACCGAUUCGCAUCCGCUACGACCCCGAGCAGCUCAGAACGAUGAACCCGUACAAAAACGGUCGCCGAACGUAGUAGAUAGGAUGGGAAGUCUUCAAAGCUUAGGCAUAAUCUGUAACACACACCCCGUGAGAAUCUUAUGAAUUUAUCGAUAUCCGUAACUGUUGAAGUCUGAAAUAACGAGGCACAAGUGUAUUUAAAUUUUCAUAGAAAAUAAAUUCGCAUACCUAGCAUA